AUGUCUGACUCCGUCAUCUUUUCCCCCGGGCCGUACCACAUCAUCUCCUAUGGCGCGCUCCUGGGAACGACCUUCUUCCAUUCCUUCGUGAAUGGCAUCACCAUGUUCCGCGUCCUCGAGCGGCCCGCCUUCUCCACCGCCCAGAACGCCCUCUUCCCCGUCUACUUCACCAUCCAGACGGCCCUCCCCGUCGUCCUCGCCCUGACGUACCCGGGCAGCCGCAGCCUCCUGGGCGGGCACGACAGCAGCAUCAGCGGCCUGCUCCAGGAGUCCAACCGCUACAGCGCGCUGCUGCCCAUCGCCACCAUGUUCGUCACCGGCCUCGUCAACCUCGUCGUCGUCCUGCCCAAGACCGUGACCGUCAUGAAGGCCAGAUACGCACAGGAGAAGAAGGACGGAAAGAAGAGCUACGACCCCGCGCCUCACUCGCAGGAGAUGCAAGCCCUCAACAAGUCGUUCGGCAAGCUCCACGGCAUCUCCACCCUCAUCAACCUCGCCGGCUUCAUUGCCAUGAUCCAGUAUGGCUUCACACUGGCCGCGCGCCUCGACUGA